GUUUGUUCCUGGCUUCAAAACUGUCAAACAGCUCGCACUGCCGUUUCAGCCUGCUGUACGCUGAGCGGACAGCUUUUGUUGCCCCACGCCUCGCUUGGCCGCGGCCGCUUUGCUUCGCGGAAGCGUCCCAAAUUUGACUUACCCCACCGCCAACUUUCGUUCCUAUUAUAUCCGCCUUGUUUCACUCGAGAGCAUGCGAUUAUCACUUGCAUUCCAACCGGCUGGUUCCUAUCGAGACGAUGCGAGUCUUUUGUUUUGAGGCUACCACAUGCGAUAGCCCGCGCGCGGAGGUAGUAGCGGAUGUAUUUGAUUGGCCAUCGUUUGACGACCCCUUUUCCGUGACAUGGCCGGAGAUGAUUACGCCCGAGCAUGCUAUGCUGCCUCGCGGAAUGGCCGGCGUUACUACGCUGGACGGAGCGACGACUGCUGCUGGCCAGUGUGAAAGUAGUGCUGACGUCGGCUUUGAAAUCUCCCGUGCUGCCAGCGUGACAUCUCUCCGCUUCUGCAGCGACGGUCGAAUCGUCCAGUGCGGAAAUGACGACUCAGAUUUGACGCCUUCUCGCAAGAUUCGUGCAAUCAUAAUCGCGGAAACAGCGGCCGGAGCUGUCAGCGUCGACGGCAACCCCCGGGGUUCAGGGUCCGUGCACGAAAUGAUGCUCGGCCGCGCUUUAGUGUCCCCUCUCCCUGUGGCGAUGAUGGACGGCGGCUUCUACAAGCGGUACGCCGUGCGAGAAGUGCUGGGCGUGGGGAACUACGGGGUCGUGCGGCGGUGCUGGGACAUGAAAUCCGGAGUGGAGUUUGCGUGCAAGAGCCUGGCCAAGAGCAAGGCCCUGCGAUGCAGCAGCGGGUGGUUGAAUCGGAGCCGCUGCGUGAUGCGGCGGCAGGCGGAAGGCGUGAGCGGCGUAUGGAAAUGGCACACGGAGGUGGCGGCCCUGCUGAGACUGAGAGGCCAUCCCAACAUUGUGCAGCUGUAUGGCGUGUGCGACGACGCGCAUUCCUUGCACUUGCUCCUCGAGCUCUGCUCAGGCGGGGAGCUUCAUGCGGCUCUUCGCCGAUACGCCUCAGAAGGCUCCGCUGCCGUUACUGGAGGGACAAACUAUUCCCGGAAGGGAAUGGAAAGACGGGACCUUUUCCCCGACGCCAUCAGUCUGAGUGAUGAGUACGAUGAUGUGAUGGAGGACGAGGAGGUCACGGAGAACCUGAAAGCUCUGCCUGAGGCUGUUGCUCUUGGUAUCUUCCAGCAGCUGCUGUCAGCUGUGCAUUCGUGCCAUGCUUGCGGCGUCGUGCACUGCGACAUCAAGCUGGAGAACGUCCUGGUAUCACAAUCUGGAGCAUCUAGUGACCCGGGAUGCAUUACAGGCCUGUGGCUAGGCAAACUAGCCCCCUUGGUGAAGCUGUGUGACUUCGGCUCGGCGCUCUGCCUUGACCAGGCCCAGCCUAGCAGCAGCCUGAUGGGCUUCAGGAAAGUGGGGUGCUACAGAGAGGCAACAAGCUUGCGCAGUAUGUACUUCCAGGCCCCGGAGGUGAUAAGAGGAGGAACUGCGGCGUGCAGCAAGCAGUCGGACAUGUGGAGCAUCGGCGUCAUCCUUCAUGUGCUACUAACCGGUCGUCUUCCGUUUGUCGCUGACUCCACGUCCUUGUUGUGGAGAAGAAUCCGGAGGGGACAUGUGGACUAUUCUGAGUUGUGGUGGGAAGGGGUCUCGCCUAAAGCAAUGAAGCUUGUGCAACGACUGCUCGUUGUCGACCCUGCAGCACGAGCAACUACUAGUGAACUCAUGCAUGCCUUGAGGAUAGAUUAGGAAAAUGCUGUGUGAUUAUGUACAAUAGACGCUCUUACAAAUAAGCUCUUAUGAUUGGCUUUCAUU